UUUGUUGUUGGCUAAAUUUGGAGCUAGUUGUGUUGGCGUCAGUUGUGUUACUAUUUUCUGCCUUGAGGAAAAGCUAAUCAAAUAUACACAAAAGCGUUUUAUUUCUGCUCUGAUUUGGAUCGGCACUGGAGGACAGAUGAUGUCAGGAGAUCUUGUAGCUGUGUGGGACGUGGCUUUGAGUGAUGGUGUGCACAGGAUUGAAUUUGAACAUGGCACAACCACAGGAAAACGGGUCAUUUACAUCGAUGGAAAGGAAGUCAUAAGGAGAGAUUGGAUGUUCAAACUGGUUGGAAAGGAGACUUUUCAUGUGGGUGGUACAAAUACAAAGGCCACUAUUAACAUAGAUGCAGUGAGCGGCUUUGCAUAUGAAUACACUCUCGAGAUUAACGGACAGAGCCUGAAGAAGUACAUGGAGAAUCGCUCCAAAGUUACCAGCACAUGGCUCCUCAACCUUGAUGGCAUCGACUGCAGAGUGGUUCUGGAGAAAGAUACCAUGGAUAUAUGGUGCAAUGGACAGAAAAUGGAAACGGCUGGUGAGUUUGUUGAUGACGGCACAGAGACACACUUCACUCUGGGUGACCAUGACUGCUGCAUCAAGGCUGUAAGCAGCGGCAAGAGACGAGAUGGCAUCAUUCACAUGCUGCUGGUGGAUGGCAUGGAAAUCUCAGAGUCCGAGUGAUCUGUGUGAAUGAGUGUGUGGGUGUGUUUCCAUCCUCAUGAAAAGUGUGUACUGUAUAUAUGGAAGUUGGGACAGCAUGUGCUCAUUUGUGACCACAGAUCAGCUUGUGCUGGUUCAGUAAUGGAUUAUUUUGAGGCAAGAGAGACAAAUGUGUCUUACAAACACAUAGUUUAGUUAUAUUGCUAUAUACCUCACACAUAGCAACAGUGGAUAAUUGUUUUAACCCUACAAAUGGUUAAUUUCUUAAAGGGGUGGUUGACUGUUUUUUUUUCUAGGCAUGAUU